GAAACUGAAAUUUAAUACCUUGUCCUUAUCGGAGACGUGUUUACAAUUACUUGAAGACAGAGUCUCCACCUUCUUUGGCUCGUUUUCUCGUUGCUUCAGCCUGACAACUACCAAAGAAUGGGAGGAAGUUCCAGUUUCAGGGACGAGUAUACUUUCGAGCAAAGGCUCGAAGAAUCACGGGAUAUUGUGGCCAAAUACCCCGAUCGUGUCCCCGUGAUUGUGGAAAGGUAUGCGAAAUGCGAUCUGCCUGAACUGGAGAAGAAAAAAUACCUUGUUCCUCGAGACUUGUCUGUUGGGCAUUUCAUUCAUAUUUUGAGUUCCAGACUGAGUCUGCCCCCUGGAAAAGCUCUCUUUAUAUUUGUAAAGAAUACCUUACCUCAAACUGCUAGUAUGGUGGACUCUGUCUAUAGAUCAUUCAAGGAUGAGGAUGGAUUUCUUUACAUGUAUUAUAGCACCGAGAAAACCUUCGGCUCGUACGUGAUGUAAAUUAUUGAACCCUGUAAACUAUUAUCCAACAUUGACUCUGAAUACUAUCAAGAAAUGUACAAAUUUGUUGUAUGGUUUUAACUUAUCACUGUUUAUUAUAUUAUGAUUAAAAUUGCCAAUACAAUAAAGCGUGAUUAUGUUAUGCCA